AUGGCAGCCCCCCAUGCCUUUCUCACCGGAGACUGCGAGGCACACUCCAGAGAAGCGACGGAGGCCGCACCAGAAAUCAAGGACUGGUGCGGCGAAGAGAGGCCGAAAUGCGGAUCCUGCAUCCGGCGCGAGGUCUUGUGCGAAUAUCCCGGGGAAUCACAAGCCAUCAACGACGUAGCAGUUGACACUCCCACAGACCGGGUUGGAUAUGCAUGUCCGCCGCAGUUCACCUCCGGAGGCCAUUCGAGCCGCGCAGACUUCAAUCACCGGGGACGAAGCGCCAGAGGACCUCCGGCGACAGGGGUUGCAACCCCUGGGACGGAUUCUGGUGCAUCAGAACCAUCAGUCGCCACUGGCUUCAACUUUAGCAUCACAGAUUUGGCAUUGCUACACCAUUGGACCGUGUACACGAGCGUCGAUGUUUACAAGACCCCAGAACUCAACCCCUUGUGGCAGGUCACCUUCCCCCAAAUCGGCUUCCGAUAUCCUUUCGUGGCCCAUGCUAUUCUGAGCCUGGCUGCGCUACACCUUGCCUACAUCGAAGGGUCGAAAAACGGCGAGUAUGUCAUGAAGGCAACCCGCCAUCACGAGGAAGCUCUCCAGGGAUUUCAUGCGAUCGUUCGUCACGUCAGUAUCGAAAAUAGCGAGGCGCUACUCGCGUGGUCACUUAUUAACGUCCUUUACGUGUUCGGUAUUACAAAACAGCUCGCCGACAACGUCGAGGGCAGCUCACCUCGUCUGCGGAGGGACCGCGUGCUGGGCGCCGAGUGGAUCCCGAUGAUUCGCGGUGUCGAUGCCAUUCUUGGCCCAACCUACGCCUACCUGCGAGCUGGCCGAAUGAGCCAGAUCAUAGACCUUGGAAAUUGGUCGGAGUUGGACCCUGACGAUGCCAGUGCGGAGGAAAUGGACAUUCAGGUCUGUCGUGUGCGAGAAACGUGGAAGAACGGCAAUGAUGCCGAAAUCUAUGAAGAGACACUCAGAGUUCUACGGAAAUGCCGCAUGUUUGUUUUGCAGUUUGACACAAUGGAACCUCGAACUCUACAGCAAUGGAGCUGUAAUCGGGCCUGGGCUGGGCCGCUUGCUUUUGUCCACUUUGCGCCACAGUCAUACUUCACUCUGCUACAUCAACGGCAACCCCAGGCCCUAGUUCUUUUUGCUUUUUUCGGUGCACUAUUGCAUGGGUUGAAUCGCCACUGGUUUAUGGAAGGAUGGGGCAAAGACAUUGUCGAAGUUGUCGAGGAGUUGCUUGGCAGCUACUGGAGGCCGUGGGUAGUGUGGCCGCUUGGAGUCGUAGGGAUGAAUUAA